AUGGAGGAGGAAGCAGGGAAGGAGCCAGGGAUGGGCAGGCCAACAGCCCCCAAAGAUUUCCACUUUUAUAACAUGGACCUGUAUGACUCUGAAGAUAGACUGCAACUCUUCCCAGAAGAAAGCAGCAGGAUCAGGGGAGAAUUGACCCAAGCUGAACUGACCAAUGAGCCAAGGGGGACAGGGGACAGUAAGAAUCUUCAGAAGGAAGUAGACGAGCUUGUCCAUCUAUACGGGUUUGAAGAUGACCAUGAGUUGGGGGAUGAGUUUGUGGAUGAACACAGACUGGGAACUCUGGGGUACCCUUCUUAUGGGAUGAGGAGGAGAGACCUACCCAGGGAGCAGAGAGACUGGGGGCUUAGUGGGGAUGCAGCUGAGGCUGAGGACCUGGGCUAUGGAGGGCAAAGCUUUCCUGACCAAUGCCAAGACCUUCGGGAAGCCUACAGGUACACACAUGGCCGUGCCAGCGAGGAGUAUGAAUGCUAUGUCAUCCCAGAGGAGGAGGAUGAAGAAGAGCCUGCUGAUGUCUUCUGUGUCACUUGCAAAACUCCAGUAAGAACGGUUGAGAAGGAUUUUGAUCUACACAAGGAACAUGAAGUAACCCCAAUCAACAAAGCAUUGGAAAAUGCCAAGGAUGAAAUUCACAAAAAUAUGUGCAAAUUGGAGCAGCAGAUUAUUGAGAUGGAAAAUUUCGCUAGCCACCUGGAGGAAGUGUUCAUUACUGUGGAGGAGAAUUUUGGAAGACAAGAAAAAAACUUUGAGUCACAUUACAAUGAGAUCUUGGAAACUCUUGCUCAAAAGUACGAAAGAAAAAUUCAAGCGCUAGGGGAGAAAAAGAAAGAGAAGCUGGAAGCCUUAUACGGACAACUGGUCAGCUGUGGAGAAAAUCUUGACGCCUGCAGAGAGCUGAUGGAAACCAUAGAGGAGAUGUGUCAUGAAGAAAAGGUUGAGUUCUUAAAGGAUGCAGUGGCUAUGACUGACAGACUGGGGAAAUUCCUAAAAACCAAAACAGACGUGGAGCUCUCUGCACAGCCUGAGUUUGAAGAUCAGACCCUGGACUUCUCUGAUGUGGAGCAGCUGAUGGACUCCAUCAACACCAUUCCAGCUCCCUCUGCUCCGGUGAUAAAUCCCCAGGCGCCCAACUCAGCCACCGGCUCCUCAGUCCGUGUGUGCUGGAGCUUAUACGCUGAUGACACUGUGGAGAGCUAUCAGCUGUCCUACAGGCCGGUGCGAGACAGCUCAUCCGGCAAGGACCAAACAGAGUUCUCCAUGACAGUCAAAGAAACAUAUUGCUCAGUGACAAAUCUUGAGCCAAAUACCCAAUAUGAAUUUUGGGUCAUAGCUCAGAACAGGACUGGUCCCAGCCCCUCUAGUGAGCACGCAGUGUAUAUGACAGCCCCCUCGCCUCCCACUAUAAAAAGAGAGGCAAUCAGAAGCUGUGAAGAGGCUGCUCUAAUUUGCUGGGAGUCCGGGAACCUGAAUCCUGUGGACUCCUACACGGUGGAGCUGAUCCAGGCAGAAACGCCAGAAGCCUCGGGGGUGACAGAAUCUGUGGUCGGCAUCCCGACCUGUGAGUCCCUGAUACGGCUGCAGCCUGGACACAGCUACACAAUCUACAUUCGAGCCCUCAAUGUCGGGGGCACCAGUACCAGGAGCAAGCCUGCUACCGUGGGCACCACAGGAAGCUACUUCCAAUUGAACAAGGACAGCUGCCACCCCUGGCUGACCGUUUCUGAAGAUGGCUUGACAGUGGUUCGAAGUGAGAAGAGAGCUUUCAGAAGGGAGCCGCCACCCAGCAAGACGAAGUUUACCAGGUGUGCUGCUGUCAUGGGAAAUCUCAUUCCAGUCCGAGGACGCCAUUACUGGGAGGUGGAGGUAGAUGAGCAUUUGGACUACACCGUUGGUGUGGCCUGUGAAGAUGUCCCUAAACAGGAAGACCUGGGAGCUAACUGCUUGUCCUGGUGCAUGAGGCAUACAUUUGCCUCCUCAAGGCACCGGUAUGAAUUUCUGCACAACAGGACAACUCCAGACAUAAGAAUCACAGUUGCUCCGAAGAAGAUCGGCGUCCUGCUAGACUAUGAAAACUCCAAGCUGUCCUUUUUCAAUGUGGACCUUGCACAGCACCUGUACACAUUUAGCUGUGAGCUUCACCAAUUUGUGCAUCCCUGUUUUUCUUUGGAAAAGCCUGGAUGCCUCAAGAUCUGCAAUGGCAUUUUAAUGCCAAAGCAUGUCACUUUCUUUUAGGCCCUUCUGAUGUUGUUUCCGGCCUUUCUUCUGUUCUCUCCCUCAGCCCCCUCACAUUGCUGGCUGAACUUGGUAUUCAUGUUUCCUUCAGCCAGUACACACGAAAGCUCUAGUGGACGGUGUACUGGAACCCACUUCACCUGAUGUGGAUACAUGCUGUGUGCGGCUCCCUACGUGAUGCUUGGAGGGCCAUUAUCAGGCCAGGCUGUUAAAAGAGCAGUCGGGCUCUGAGCUCAAAGGGCUCCUGUGGGGUCAAACUACAGUUGUCUGUUUGUGGAUAUAUAAAAUAUUUUGAGUCUCCUAAGUCUAGAGGAUCAGGGAAGCCAUAAUGGAGGCAGCAGCCCCUGUAUUUGUGACAUUUCACUCUUUAUCAAGAACAAGAACAGACUUCCUAAGGCAAGAAACUGCAGAGAAACAAGUCGGGUGUCCGUCUCAAGGCCGUCGUGGUGGGUUGAGUGAGAAUCCCCCCAGAGGCUCAUGUAUUUGACUGCUUAGUCAGUGGGGAGUUGUACUAGUUGAAAAGGAUUGGACUGAUUAAAAGGUGUGGCCUUGUGGGAGGAGGUUGUGCUUUGAGGUUUCAAAAGCCCAUGCCAGGCCGAGUGUGUGUGUCUGUCUCUCUGCCUGUGAAUCAGGAUGUGUCUCUCAGCUACUGCUCCAGCACCAUGGCUGCUGCUAUCCUUCCAGCAUGCUUCCUGCCAUGAAGACAAUGGACUAAACCUCUGAAACUGUGAGCAAGCCCCCAAUUACAUGUUUUCUCUUCUAAGUGCUGCUCUGGUCAUGGUGUGUCUCUCCACAGCAACAGAGCAAUGACUAAUACAGAAGUUGGUCCACAGACUGCUCUAACGGGCCUGACCACGCUGUUUGUUGGAAGAAUAUGAAAGACAUUGGGACUUAGGACUAGAGAUGUGGUUGGAUACUUUAAGUGGGGCUCACUGGGAGCAGAGAAGACAGACUGGAGCUGAUCUGAACUGUGGUGGCAAGAAGUUCAAGAGGGAAUGAAUAUUAGUAAGUUAGCUAUAGACCAUUCUUGUGAUAUUUUGUCAAAGAAUGUGGCUACCUUUUACCAUGGCCGUAAAAAUCUGCCUGAAGAUAAAUUUAAAUUUUUUGGAUUAGGGCUUUAGCAAAAAAGAUUUCAAGACAGCCUAAUACUGACCCUAUUGUAUGGCUACUAGGCUACUGCCCUUAUGCCUAUCUAGAAUAAAAAGGAGUAAGGGGAGCAAGGAAAACAUUUAAAAUGUUAGUCUUGAGGAAAAAAGAAGCACCAGUAGAUGAUUGCCUACAGUCACAUUCUAUGUUCAAGGAGACAAAAAGUUUCAAGAAAAGCCUGAUGCUAAAUUGAAUAAAGGGAGUGGUGACCCCAGGGCAAGACCCCACCUAGCUAAGCUUCUAACUUGUGAAAGGAAUCAAAGGAAAACUUAAGCAGUGAGGGAAACCAUCAACAACAGAAAGCUGGUGCAACUAUGAUUUAAAAAGGGGGCCAAGCUCCACCAGCCCCAUCAAGCAGAGCUUGGCAGCUUCAGCCAUGUGGUUCUGGCUUUAGAGUUAAGAAUACAAUAAAGAGGUUGAGGAAUCUCCCUCCAUCCACACUAAGGAAAGCCACUGAGGCCAGACAGGGGUGUCCCUACAUGGAGGCCCAGAGUGUGAAGCUGUGAAGGGGAAGCCUGAUUGCAUUGGAAACCCCAAGGUGUUGGAGGUGCCAGAAACUUGGGAUACCUCCCAAGAAGAGCUGCUAACAGGGAGUAGAGCCAGCCCAAGAGAGAGAAGUCUGUGGUAGUCAACAAAGCUA